AUGGACAAGCAUUUUGCAAGCAACGUCGCUCCUUAUGCUCCUCCACCAGACCAGGUUCCACAAUCUUCAACUACAAACACACGGCCCUCGUGGUUUCAGCGGCCGCAGCAGGCCUAUAGUUCUUACCAGUCGGGAGGCAUUCCAACCUUUGGAGACAACCAAGCGGGCAUAACAGGCUUUGGAGGAGGUGGUGGAGACCCAGAACAAGGCGUACACAAUAUGUGGGAGACGCGCUUGGGGAUGCGUGUCGACGUAGAGGCAGCGCUUGCAUAUCUAUUGGGUCCAGUAUCAGCACUGGUACUGCUCAUACUCGAGACGACAAACGACUACGUCAGAUUCCACGCCUAUCAAUCCGCGCUAUUAACAACGCCACUAUUGCUGAUCCGCCUGUUGGCCCUUCUCAUUGGGUUUUGGUCGUUUCUACAAACACUGCUUACAUUGGCACUCGUCGGAUGCAGUGUUGGAAUGGCCUUCCAAGCGUACCGAGACGCCAACAGUGGCGGACUCGCCCGAUUUCGACUGCCGUAUAUUGGAGAACUUGCAGACCGAUGGGUUGGAGACGAAUGA